CAAUUCUGUUUUUGUUGACAUUUAUUUGAGAAAGACAAAAACAGCGGGCACUCUUGUAGGCUGUUGAAUAAUUUUUUUGAGAUGUCAGUGAACAUAUCUCAAGAUAUCUCAACUCGGUUUAUUUAAUCCUCAGCCUAGUUCGGUGAUAAAUAAGCGGGAACAGGGGGUGGAAUUAAAGCGACCGGGAAUGGACUCGGGAACAAAACAAACUGUGUCACCCGGACCACACUAGGGCUGAAUCAUUCACAUGCUACCUGGCUACGUCUUUUGUCCCUUUUCACGUCUAACUCAAAGUCAAUUAAUAAUUUAGUCGUUUUUGCUGCUUUUUUUGUGUUAACUCGACUCGGUAUUAUCCAUGUCAUUGCUGCGAGGGGUUACACAGUUUGUUUGUGCGACAAGCGAGUUAGCAAGCUAACGUUACAGUAGCUGUCCUUUGAACAGCUUUACCGGUUUCACGGCGGCUACAUAAUGGAACCGAGGUCCUGAGCCUGAGACCACUUUGUUUGUAAAAGCUUUAGCUCAUCAAUUUGGACCGACUGGAGAAUGUGAAGCACCAUGGCCCAUUUUGAAACCUACCAAGAAUAUCACAGGAUCGAAGACUUCGAGGAAGAUUCCCCGGCUGGAGAAGAAGAUUUAUUAGUUCACGUCCCUGAAAGUCUAAAAGACUCAUGGCACCAUAUCAAGAACCUGGAUAACUUCUUCACAAGGAUUUAUCAUUUUCAUCAAAAGAAUGGAUUUGCUUGUAUGAUGUUAUCAGAGUUUUUUGAACUCAUUCAGUUUCUGUUUGUUGUGACGUUCACCACCUUCCUGGUCAACUGCGUGGAAUACGACAUCCUUUUUGCCAACCGAGCGGUCAACCACACCGGGCCGGGCCACAGCCCUUUGGAUCGGAACAAAGUCACGCUUCCAGAUGCCAUUCUACCCAGCCAGCAGUGCACUCAAAGGAUACAAGACGACAGUUGGAUCAUAUUCCUUCUCAUCAUGGCAGCAAUCUUCUGGGUCUAUCGGCUUGUUAAAGUCUUUUGCAAUCUUUUGAGCUACUGGGAAAUCCGGCAGUUCUACAUCAAAGCUCUGAAGAUCCGAAUGGACGAACUAUGCAACUUCACCUGGCAGGAGGUUCAGGGCCGAAUCAUCAGCCUGCAGAAAGAACAGCAAAUGUGCAUUCAUAAGAAAGAACUGACAGAACUGGAUAUUUAUCACCGCAUCUUGCGUUUUAAGAAUUACAUGGUGGCCAUGAUAAACAAAUCAGUGCUGCCGGUUCAUUUACAGCUCCCCCUGCUGGGUAACGUAGUCUUUCUAACCCAGGGCCUCAAGUACAACUUUGAGCUCAUUCUUUUCUGGGGGCCUGGCUCCCUCUUUCAAAAUAAAUGGAACUUGCACCCCAAGUACAAGCGCAGCGGGAACCGCCUGGAGCUGGCCCAGCAGCUGAGCAGGGUCAUCCUGCUGAUGGGUCUGGCCAAUUUACUGCUGUGUCCUUUCAUCCUGGUGUGGCAGGUGCUCUACGCUUUCUUCAGCUACACCGAGGUGAUCCGCAGAGAACCUGGAAGUCUGGGGGCCCGCCGCUGGUCCCUGUAUGGUCGUUUGUACCUGCGGCACUUCAACGAGCUGAACCAUGAGCUCCACGGACGAUUGGGGCGUGGCUACAAACCCACUUCCAAAUACAUGAACUCUUUUACAUCACCGCUACUGACUGUGAUCGCUAAGAACGUCGCCUUCUUCUCAGGAUCGGUAUUAGCAGUUCUCAUUGCACUGACUGUUUAUGACGAGGACGUUCUGACAGUGCAGCACAUCCUGACCGCUAUCACUGUGCUGGGGGUGGUCAUCACCAUCACCAGAUCUUUCAUCCCAGACGAGCAUUUGGUUUGGUGUCCGGAGCAGCUGCUGCAGUGCGUGCUGGCACAUAUUCACUACAUGCCCGACCACUGGAGAGGCAACGCUCACACAAGCGAGACCCGGGACGAGGUGGCACAGCUGUUUCAGUACAAAGCGGUGUUUAUCCUGGAGGAGUUGCUGAGCCCCAUUGUUACUCCCUUUAUUCUCAUUUUCCUCCUGAGGAACAAGUCUCUGGAAAUCAUUGACUUCUUCAGGAACUUCACUGUGGAAGUGGUCGGAGUUGGCGACAUCUGUUCUUUUGCACAGAUGGACAUCCGACGCCACGGAAACCCUGCGUGGAUGUCGGAGGGUCAGACGGAGGCCUCCAUGUACCAGCAGGCGGAGAACGGCAAAACGGAGUUGUCCCUCAUGCACUUCACCAUAAAGAACCCACGCUGGCAGCCGCCCCAGGAGAGCUCGGUGUUCAUAAGCCACCUGAAGGAGAAGGUGCAGCACGACGCGCAGGGGGGUCCCUCCACACAGCUGCUCCUCUCAGAGGCUCCUCUCUGCACCUCGCUGCAGUCCAACGAGUCGGGGACCGGGCCCGAUAAUCUUCUAGCCAGUGUCCUGGCUCACCCCAUCCUAACUGCAUCUGGGCUACAAGCGCGGGACCACCGCUUCAUCCGACCAAGCACCGCUGCAUCUGCUGCAGCCAGUGUCCUGGCCUCCUUAUCCACCUCCCAGCUCCCACAAGGCAGUCGAGGGCGCCCCCACGGCCUCCUGCCCUCCUCCCUGCACCCCGAGGCCACCAUGUAUCACAGUGACCGCACUGCUGUUGACAGUUUGUCCAACAGUGACUCUCAUAUCCGGAGCAACGCCCUGCACUCAGAGUUUGCGUCUGCAGAGAUGAGCCUCCAUGCCAUCUAUAUGCACGAGCUCCACCAGCAGAGUUCCUACCCACAGAGGACAUCGGGUCACUGGCAGAAUCCCGUACCAAUGAGAGAUCUGCACACAAACACCAGUUUCCACGCUCACGGUGGCCACGUUUCUAACCUUUCCACAUCGAGCCCGGCUCCUUUAGGAGGAUGGGCAGAGGUAGAAGAGGAAAAUCUAGAAGAUCAGGAGAUCAACCUUGGAUCUACUCCAACACACGGCACAGGAAGUAGUUGUUGACGUGCCUUUUUUCAUGAGGUAUGCUCCUGCGGGGAAGCCGUGCAGCAUCCCCGCUCCGUGUUUCUUCAUCCUGUGACAUUUGGAAAAGAUCUUUCACCACACAAGGACGCAUUACCUAUCAACCUUUUUUUGUUUUGUUUUGUUUCAUUUAGCAUUGUGGCCUUAGAUGACCUCAACAUGGAUGUUUAAAACAUCACUAGUGUUUGUUUGUUUGUGUGUGAGGGAGUCACUGACGACUAAACCACUGACUCGGCAUCUCCACGCCUCAUCCCGUCACAUCGUCGCAUCAGGGAACGACGAUGGCAUCAGGGAAACCAUUUGUCUUCCAACUAUUUUCCUCGUGACUUUGUACCUAGUGUGCAUACAGAGCUAGUGUGGUUUUUAUAGGAACUUUGUGCGACAGAUAAAGACUCACAACUUUCCAGAACAUUUUCCAGAAAUCUGUGGGGACAGACUCUUCUAUGUCUGGCAAAAGGUCAUUUUUUUUAAAUAGUGGAUCUAAUCUUAAAAAAAAAUACAUUCACGAUCUGAUAAAAAACGUAUAAUAGCCGCAACACUGCAACAUGUGCUUGUAAAGAAAUCCCUGUCUUUAUAGAAAGAUUUCUAGUGGUAAACACAUCCUGAUGCUGCUAUUCAUAGGCAGAGCUCAUUAACCCAGAUAUGGUUAAUACAUCGACAGCUGAUCUGUUUUCUACGGUGGCCCUGAAGUGCAAAUUACACCAGUAUAACACUCAAACGUAUCUUAACGACAAUGUUUUUGUUUUGUUAGUUUUUUUUGGAAUGACGUUAUUUGUUCUUUUUGAUUUCUAAAAUGUUCUUUUUAUUAUUUGUUUGAUUUAACACAAUCUUUAUUCUGUUUUUCACAUUGAGUAAUUUGCACUUCAGGGCCACCGUAGUUUUCUCGCACAUAAGUCUAAAAAACAUUUGCAAUAGCCUAUGUCUAUGAAGACUCUCAUUUAUGAAGGUUGAUUCCAUCACAGAAGUAGGUUUAAGGGCUGUCAUCUGGACUGGCUUUUUAAAGUUGACGACGAAGAAUUGGAUGAGAUCAGAAUUCACAAAGCCUUUUGGAUAAGAGGUGAAACGUCUUCAACUUUAAAAACCAAUUCCAGAUGACAGCCUUUAAACCCCCAAAUUUGGAUUUAGAAAUAAUUCAAAUUUCGAAAAAGUUAGAAAUUAGCUUCAUGGCUUAGUAGCCAUACAGCUAAUUUUCUAAGUCCAUGUUAUAGCAUUUGCAGUAAAACAGUUUAGUUUAAAUGAAACUAGAUCCGUAAAAUCGUAACAUGCAGUCCAGCAAAUGAUUUAAGCAUUCAUUUUGGAAUUUGUAUUAUUAAUUAUUAUUAACACCUAAAACUAAAUUGCAUCAUUCUUUUUAAUCACAUUGUAUGCUUUAAAAAAACACAUAUAUAAUAUAAUUUAACCAGAAAUGGUGUGUUUAUUACUGUUGCAUCUUUUGGGACGAAAUUCCUGUUUUCAAAGUAAGAGCAUGAAAAAGAUAGAACAAUUUAUUUACUUAAUGAAUAUUUAUUAUCUGUUUUUCCCCAAAUUUCAAAUUGCAAAAGAUGUAUAUGUACUAUUUAUUUGACAGAAACAUAUUUUUUUUUUAGUUACCAGACAGUCACGUAACACAGCUUGUAAUCCAAAAAAAAAAAAAAGUUUAAAUUCGUUGAAAACAAUUCCUUUACACUUUUAUAUUUCUGGGAAAAAAAAGAAACUAAGGCUAGAGCUGCUUAUUGUGUACAAAAUACUAUUUUCUACUAACUCUAGAUUUAUUUAAAACUUAAAGCAAAACCAUCCUGCUACUACAAGACCUCAUAAGCUACACCGGCAGUGUUUACAAUUUAUUUCACUUUUUUUCUGUUUUUUUUGUUGCAUGUGUCAGGUAAAGGUGUGAAAACUCAGACCUGACCUGGGUGUGUGCAUGUGCAUAAAUACAGUUUGCAUCUGUGACCUCCUUCCUAACAUUAUUUUCAUGUAAAAGACAAAAAAAAAAAACCUCAAACAUAUCUUGAGAAGUUCACCGUUGUCACUCAGAGGGGUUCACAGUGUUAAACACUCACAGUGUAAUAGUAGCUUGUGGGUUUUGAUGGCGAAGACCAACCCACGCCCUGCCCGUUUUGCAGCUAGCCCAGCUUCAGUAGAUGCUAAUUAGCUGGAUUGAAUCAGCCCAGUUUCUGACCGACUGAACACACCUGAUCCAGGUGAGCAGCAAUCAGUGAAGCAAGGUUAGCUGCAGGGGAACAGGGUUGGGGAACCCCUGGCGUAGAGACGCUGGAACUCACUCGGCGUAGUUUUAUUUUGUAAGUCUCUACAUUUACUUCCCCUGUGUACGUUUUGAUGUCUUUUGAUUACAAGCAGUGCCUUAGUAUUAGUUUUUGCUCAUUUUCAAGCUAUUUUAUUUAAGCAAUAAACAAAUGUCCCAUAUGUGUAUAUUUGUUUCCCUCUCAUAUAUAUUUAGCAGAAGAAAGUAUUUUCAGAAGGAGGUAUUAUAAAGCGUGGUGGACGUGACCUGUAACACGGAAGGUGGCGUUCAGAUCAAGUGUUAGUCUUUUUGAAACCUGACUGCUUUUCUUCUUCUGAUGGCGUCUUGGAUUGUACAGUCAUCAAUACCCCCCCCCCCCCUCCCAAAAAGGCGCGAGUCUGCCUGGUCAUCACGGCCAAAGCGGUCACUUGUUAUCCACUACACCAGUCCGAGCAUCAUGGAGACUGGAACCUGGUGCUACGUCUUUUGGACAGUUUUUUCUGCUGCACCUUUGUGUUCUGUAACUGCGUUGGGAAAUAUGCCAAAAGAACCGAUUUUUUUUUUUUUUCAUUUGUUUCCCAGAGAAGUAAAUAAAUCUUGUUUUGAGUGUGUUUGAUAAUUUCUCGUGCGAUUGUUCAUGUUUGUUCAAAUUUAAAGAAACAAACAAAAAAUCCA